AUGACAGAUACCUCCUUGCUCGCAACGACGCAUUCGACCGGGGACUCGUAUCCGGUCACUGCUCCUAUCCACUCCCCGGUGCUGAAUGGCGCCAUCUCAGAUUCUGUCCCUCUGGAAGACGAAGAGCCCUACACUAUCAAAUGCAUCUGUGCCUUUGAAGACGAUGACGGGAAUACUGUCUUUUGCGAGAAGUGCGAGACAUGGCAGCACAUCGAGUGCUAUUACCAUGGCCAGGAGGUGCCAGACGAACAUUUCUGUACCGACUGUGCACCCUCACCACUGUAUUUGGACGGAAAACGAGCCACUGAACGACAGCGGCGACUACGGGAGCAAAGUGAUGGCGGUGACCGGAAAGCUAAACGCUCAGGAAGCAAGACACAGAAGAAGAAGCUACAACAGCACAAAGAUCAGGAGUCGGUGAAUGGACACCGACAUCGCAGCGAUUCCAGCUCGAGGGAUCAGGCGCCUGUCAUGAAAAAGUCAAAAUCUUCUCACAAACCAUCCGCCUCGGUCAGUUCGGUGUCCGGCCCAAAACUACAGCCGGAGUCCCGGAAACGAUCUGGGUCCGUCGCUACCAUGAGUCCGACGAAAUCCUCCACUUUACCGCAGAUUCCCCUUUACUCACACGAAUUUCUCCAUUUGUACGAUAAUGAUCAAGGGUAUGUGAACAUGAAGAGCAAUUUGGUGGUCAAUAUCCACCUUUUAGGUGACAUGGGAUCUUGGGUUAAGGAUCCUUCGGCGCUCUUACGAACCGGCACUGGUCGCUCACCCCAAGAAAUCUUUAACUACGCGGAUGUCUUGGACUCGUCCAGGUGGCCAGAACUAUCGCUGGAUACUCUCGUUGAUAGAGAUCUUGAGAUCGAGGGUGUUCAUCCCACCUGGAAAGUCUUGAAAACCCAAACUGCCGUCCAGAAGGAUCAAAUCGUCGGGGAGGUCAAGGGUAAAAUCGGCCAGCUUCGUGAUUAUUGUCAUGAUCCAAGUAAUCGAUGGCCGGAGCUGAGACACCCCCAGCCGUUUGUGUUCUUUCACCCUCAGCUUCCUAUUUACAUUGAUUCCCGCGAAGAGGGCUCCAUUCUUCGAUACGUGCGUCGUUCAUGUCGCCCCAAUGUGACUAUGAAGACUUUCAUCACGAACGAGGUUGAGUACCACUUUUGCUAUGUUGCAAAUCAAGAUAUUCCCGCAGGAUCUGAAGUCACAGCGAUGUGGUAUUACGAUCGUCAAUUGUCUGGCUUCAACAAUUUUGGGAAGCAGGAAUCAGGGGAUAGCGAUCAAGAAGAGGCUAGAGCGAUCACCAUGAGUAACAUCCUGGCCCAUUUCGGUGGCUGUGCCUGCAUACCACCUCAAAACUGCCUGUUGGCUGCUGUGGAUCGCCGCCGUCACCCAAGCUCGAAAUUAUUGAAUGGAAAGCGAAAGAAAUCCAAAUCCAAGUCCGUCGUAUCUCCAAACAGUGUCGGCCGCUCCAAUACUAGUCGGGCCGGUAGUGAAGCAGCUAUCGAGGAUGAUAAUGCUGAUAAUCGGUCGACCUCUGGCUCUGUGCGUGGACAGACGCGCAGUCGCGAUUUGACCCCGACACAUCCGCCACCCGAGUGGGCUUUGCAAGAUACGGAACUGUCGCAGCGCGACAGGCGGAAGAUAGCAGCUGUGGAAAAGAAGUUCGAGCAGCUUGAACAUGACCAACAUGGAGUAACCCGAAAGAAAAAGCGAAGCAGUGGAACGUCUUCUCAUCCAAAUCAAGUUACUUCUUUACCUAAAAACUCAAGCUCUACUGGCAAAUAUUUGAAAUUAGAUACAGCAACCAGCCGUUUAUCUGAUGAAUCAUCCUUGUCUCCAUAUCGUGGAUCGCGCCCCUCUCCAAGGAAAUCUUCCGACCCUAUUAACGCUGCCACACGUUCUCCUCUCUCACGGCCCUCCUAUGUCGAUGGGUCACAACAAACACGUUCUCCAAAAAUUGGCUUUUCUCCUCUAGGUCGACGACUUUUGAAACGUUGUCAUGAAGACAGCUCAAAAGCUCAAUGGCCCGCAAAGCGCCAGGAGAUGCCUCCGGGUAUAACAACAACGGAUGCUAAUGCUUCCCCAUCUCCUGCAAUGUCCGCACAGCCUUGGUCCUCGAGUAUGCGCCCUUCUUCCUCGCAUAGUGAAGACGUAGAUAUGAAGGAUGUUGGAGAUGAUACAAAGCCGACAAAGCCUCUCCCGUAUCCAGACGUCGUUAUGAGCAAACCACCCUUACCUUCGACGGCCGCUCAUAACACGCUUAUUCCUGGCAUGUCGCUCAACAAUCAUCGGGCAAGGGGCUUUCAUGUCCAAAUGCCUCACAACAACUUUGCCGUUCCUACAUCAAGUACGCCAGGAGCUGGAACGUCUGGUUCACUCCAGUCACCUUCAGAUUCUCUAUCACAGCCUGUUCAGACACCCGGUGGUAGUAUAACGGCACCCAGUCCGGUAAAGAAGAAAAUGAGUUUGGGUGAUUACCUGGGUCGCCGGGGAACGAUGGCAACGCCGACUACAGAGAAAAGCCAAUCUCAAGCCAACGCAAAUCUCGCUCCGCCCAGCAAGCCAAUGCCCUUUCACCACCAAUCCAGUACUCCUCCGUUGUCGACGGAUGGUGAAUCUCAAGUGGUGACGGCGACGGAGCCGAUAAAAACUGAAGUCUCACCGGCCGACAAGGAUGCUCCGAUGAAGGAUGUCUCUAGUAAACCACCUAUAUCUCCUCCUUACCUUUCUACCCUCGGAAUGCAGGACGACAACAAACUCUCCCCGACGACGUGA